UAACCCUGUGUCUCAUCUUUUACCCGGUCUGAGUACAUUCAAGAACGACGACCUAACAAAGAUAGAUAGCCGUGUAAAUUGAACAUCGAUAUUUAAUAAAUGUAUGUCCGUAGACAGUCAAAUCACCCCAAUUAUGCAUAAUCGUACAAUAUUUGCACUUUUAGUGUAUUGAAAAGACAUACUUUCAAAAUGGGCAUCUCUGUAUUACUGUUAUUUUGUAAAAAUUAAAGGGUGAUAGACGCAUUGCUAGGAUAUCUCUGUAUCUCGCCCCCCUUGCGCAUAGGUUCUGCGCAUAGAACAGAAUAACGUGUUUCAAGUUUACUUUCUCUGACUACUGUCUUCUUUCAAAUUUCUAUUAUUUUCCACAAAAUGUUGGUAUGUAAAAAGUAUUAUGGGUCUCAAUACAUUCUUCAUGAGCUGAAUUUACUAAUUUUACACGAUUCAUUACAGAACAAGACGCAGAUCUUCUGAAAUUUACUUGCUCGCAUGCAGGACAUUUGCAGUCUGUAAAUUUGUUUAAAAAGCAGCAAUACUACAAUGGAGGCAAAUGAUGUAUCAUACAACACUGUGGAGCUGCCUCCUUCGAUUGAGAUCAAAGAAUCUAUAGUGUGCAAAGGCUGUCCAGGUGCCUUCAGUAAAAUACUGAUAACAAAGAAUACUCGAUUUGGUCCUUAUAAGGGGGAGAUCAUCACUCCUGAUCAAAAGCCAUUUCUGGAUUACAGAUAUGCAUGGGAGGUUUUUGAAAAGAACAGCGAUGACUUGAAGUUCACCAUUAGUGCCGCAGAUCCCCAGAGCAGCAACUGGAUGAGAAAUGUAAAUAAUGCUCGCUUCUAUGAGGAGCAAAACAUACUGUCUUUGCAAGAUGGCUAUAGCAUCUUUUACAUGGCCAUGAAGGACAUACGCCCUGGAGAGGAACUUCUCACCUGGUUUGAUCCGAAAUUGUUGAAGAGAACACAGAGGAGAUUAUCAAAAAUGGAGAGGAAACCUGUGGGAUAUACAAUUGAGCUGGUGCCCAUGGAAGAUGAGAAGAAGUUCGUCCCUGAAAUUAUUGAAACCAAAAGAUCCCGCAAGAAGAAAAUUCUUAGUGACAUGAUAAGUUUGGAGGAUGAAGGAUCCUUACUGGCUCGCAAGAAUUUCAACAAAGUUAUGAAAUUAGAAAAAGAGCUAGAGCAUCAGCCUCAGCCAUAUUCAAAAGUGAAAAGAGAUUUUUUGUCAGGACCUUCUAGUUCUUCAGAAAAUACAGUGAAAAAAGAUAAGAGAUUCAAACAAUCUAAUGGUGCUGGAUUAGGGCCUCAGAGAAUGAUUACAUCGCACAGUGAUGCCUAUAAAAAGUCAAAAGAAGUUUUCCCCGGUCAUGAGGUCAUUGACGCUGAAUUGGCAUAUGCAGAGUCUGAGGGGUCAAGCAUGACCACAUACUCCGGGAAAGGGAGGAGGCGAAAAGUGAGGAAAAAUCUUGUCGGAAUGAAGAAAAGGAGUCCGACGAAAUGUAGAGGGAGAAAGCCCAAAUUAAUAGCUAGUGGCAAGGUAGAUUUGAGUAAAGACUUUAACUUGGCGGAUUCAUCUGUGAAGCCAGUGCUGAUCAAACAGAAUACAGAUGGGUCCAUAUCUGUGGACGACCACGACGAAUCUUACACGCUCAAAGACAUUGAGCUGAGCUUAGAGUGUGAUGACAGCUGCCAAUGUUUAGAUAAAGGAAAGGCUAUGGGUGAGCAGAACAGUUUGCAUCAUGACAAUCGAGGUAUAUUUAUUAUCCACUUCAUCUUAUUGCCAGAGCAUAAAACUGAGACGGAGGAUAAGAAGAUUGCCUACAAGUGUGACAUCUGCGAUUCAGCUUACAGACAUGCAUUUAGUCUGAAGCGCCACUAUCUCAGCGUUCAUAUCAAUCACAGAUACCUGUCUCGAGAUGAUAUAAUCAGCUGUCAAAUUGACUCUUUCUAUACUGGUGUACAGCAGUCUGGCAGUGAUGGCAUUUUAUCUUCUCAAAGUUUCUCAAAGUCGAGUCAAGAAGGGAUUAUUGAUAAUAGCAAAGAGUUGGCUUUGCCGACUCUGGUUGAUUCGGUGUCUAGUGCUAGUCAGGUGACUGGAGGCUGGAGUGCUCCUUUUAGCAGUGAACCCUUUAGGAACUUGAAGGACAAGGAGAGGUUUCUUCUUUGUGAUGAAACUCUUGGUGAAGAGGAGGAUAACAACCGAGAGAAAACUGGUUUCGAAAUCCCAAGUCUCUCACUUUUGGCCCAAGCUUGCCUCCAUAGGCAUCAUCCAAAAAGCAAGAGAGAUAGUACUCUUUCACUCGAGUGCAGAGAGUCAUUAACCUCUGCUGAACUUCUGACCCCAACUGCUGCUGAACUUCAGUCAAAAUCGGUCUUUUUGAAAUGUGUGAAUUCUUCAGACAAAUAUGCUGCUGUCCCUAAUUUUCCCAACACAAAAAAAGGAUUUUUGCCGCCUUCAAGCAGAAGUGACAUUACUUUGCCUGUGCUAACUGCUACUUCUAGUCAAAAUUCUGGUUCUACAAAUGGUCAUGGCUCUCCUCAGGGUGUUUAUGGCCCUUCUGCAUCCAUUGCAAGUUCAGUAGUCACUGACAGUCAGGUCUCAGCAGGAUGUUUGUCCUCAGUGUCCCUUACGGGGAGGGCAGAUUCAGAUUCUGUGGAGGAAAUCCAUGGAAAACAAGAGAAAGUGAGCACCGAUCUUUUGACUCGGUGCACAGUGAAUGUAGGUUCAAAGGUACUGAUUGAUUCAUCUAGUGAUUCCAGUAAGUGUUUCCAAAGUACAGGCUCUGACCAACUGUUAGGUGCAAAGCUAGUUCACAAGAAUGAAAGUGGUAAUUCAAAGACGUGCAGUUCUGAUACACCGGCGGGGUCUUGUGAAAUAGCAGACAAAACUUUGCAUGUGAACAUAGCUGUUGACAGCCAGCAAAUGCAGAGUCCAAUAAGCUCCGUGGAAUUUCUGACAAAAGGCAAGACUGCCACCAUUUGUCAAAAUAGCAAAGCAGAAGAGUCUGCUUGCAGAGGUUCUGUAGAAGAAGAGGAUACUCACUGCGUCAGUUCAACAACUGUGAGUGCUGAUUCAUUCCCGACCGAAACUAUAUCUGAUCAUACAUCGACUUGUUUAGAGACUGGGAAAACUGGACGUGAAAAUGUAACUGAUGCUGAGAGUGAAAGUGGGUCGAUUCAAGAAGUGUCUGGUGGCUGUAGAAUGGAAACGGCAGAAUCAGAAAAUAACAAUGUCAAGUCAGAGGCAGAGCCCUCUCCUCUAAAAGCUAUUCCUAAUGGAACUUCAGAGAAUGGUGUGUGUGACACCGUGAGUACAUUUAGUCCUGAGUUUAGGGCAACGUCUGAUGCUGCCUCUACCAUUGCCAAAGGAGGCCCAGAGGCUUCGGAAACUUUGGUGUCUAAGUCAGAAGCAGUCACUAAGGAUUCAAAAGUCUCCACGGUGGAAGGGUCUGUGCAGUCUGAUGUGUUAAAAUUAGAAAAGGAAUCCAAAACAAUAGAAACUUCAAAGAUGGAAGAUUCCGAGUGUGUGCAAUCAGAACUGCCUAAGAAGUCGGAGGUUACAAAGAGUGAAGCUAGUUCCCCUGCAGUACCUCAGUUAAUUUCUUCACAGGGUACUAGCCCACAGCAGCCAGUAAUCUUUGUCACCAACAUUGUGUUCCCUAUAGUGUCUCAUGCUCAAAAGAACCUGCCUAUGUCUCUACCCGUGCCAGUCUCCCCUUCAUCAGCGAGCAUCUCAACAGCUCCACCAACAACACUUGUCUCUCAAGCAGGACUACCCGUCGUUCUCAUUUCUUCGCUUUCUCGGGGACUCAACGUUCAAAACGCGAAUGCUCUUCUACAAUCCCCCUCCACCCUGAAGACCCUUCAGUCUCUUCACAGCUCGUUGAACAAUGUCAGCUACGGGCAGCCUGCUAUUGCCAUGAAACCUGAUGGGGCAGCUGGUGCUGCGAUAAACAGUCCUCACAGCACUGUUUCCGCCUCAGCUUCAGUUGUGGCUGUCACGACAAAACCAAUCCCGUCAGUUUUAAGCAGUUACACUAAUAGUGCCAGCAAAGCAGCUGCUGGCUCCACAGUCUCUUCACAAGACCCUCAGAAAUCAGGUGCGGCCUCGGAUGCUUCGCCAGAUCUGCAGCCUCCGUCUCAGCCGUAUGAUCUGUACCGGUGUCACAUGUGUGUUCUGGUCUUUCAGACCAUGGGAGAGCUGAAGCAUCACAUCAAGAACGACCCUCACCGCUUCAAGGGCGGUGUGAAACAGUACUCGUGCCUCCAGUGCAGCAUGAGGUUCGCCUUCAAGAACAACUUGAUCAGACACAACUUGAUGUACCAUCAGGAUGACAAAGAUCUGAAACAUCGCUGUCUGACCUGCGGCAAGGGAUUCACCACAGAAACCUAUUUGAAGAUGCACGCCAGGUUUCACUCAGGGAAAAACUUUCCAUGCAAAUAUGGCUGUGUGAACGUAGUGUUCCCAAACGCUGCCAGUCUGGUGAAACAUUUGAGAACAGAGCAUGCUGGGCUGGAUCGCCAGGAAUUCCUCAAAAAUGCGAAGGCUGAGAGAGCCCGCAGGAAAAAGCUAAGUCGGCUUUUUGGUCUCACUGAAGAUGAGAUCUCCAAGUUUGCCCCAGAGAAUCUGACACUGGGCAAGGCAGAGCUACCAAAAUGGAAGCCACCGAAUGUGUUGAAUAUUACACCUAACACUGUGUCCACAUACAGCAUGGAUAGGCCAGGUGUUGGCUUUCAGGCCAAGCGGGGUCGACCGAAGGGUUCCAAAAAUGCUGUCAAACUGGUGAAGUCAGAACCAGAAAUGCCAAAGUUAGAAAGGCAGGAUAUUGUCUCAAGCACUGAGGUGAGAUUCCCUGCUGUGGAGGCGCCAAGAAUUGUCGUGAAGAAGAAGCUGUUGAUCCGGUUCCGGUGCAAAAUUUGCCACAAAGGCUUCACAACUCACAUGGGACUGCUACAGCACCGCAGCUCCAGGCAUGGGGCAGAUCAGUCGGUUCAGGAGUACUUGUAUGAAAUGUCAAAGGCCGCUGGGGAAGAAGAUCCCACUUCUGAUGAGUGUGAGGACAUGAACUUUUCUCCCCCUCCAUCGCCCAAGUCUUUCUACGCGAAUGUGAACAAGAAAGGUUCAGAAAACAUAAGGAGGUUCAUUGAUGGAGGGUUAGAGGCCUUGAAGCAGUGGAAGAAACAUAUUCAAGUCGAGGAUUACUUACCAUGGACUGAAGAUCUUAAGUGGAAAUGGGAUCCGGAGUCGCAUGACUGGACUCGGUUUAACUUCCCCCCCUGCUUUGAGUUAAAAGAGGAUUAUGUCAAGUUUUAUAAUGUUGGUGAGAGUCUCACAGAUGUCUCUUUAAAACCAGGAAUGACAAAUGAGAGCAGUCUACCUCAGAUUAAGCAAGAACCGUUGACCAAUUUUGAAGGAGAAGACAAUCAAGUGGGGAGUGACAUUAUUGUAAGGAAAUCUGGGGAAGAGGCUCAGGGUGGAAUGCUUUCUACUAUCAGUGGUGAUUCGAUCGAGAGUGAGUGCAAAGCUGCCUUGGACCUCAUUUGUUCAAGCAUUGAGCAACAGACCAAAGAUGUUGAUGUGAAUUCUGAUGGACUAAAACGGGUAGGGAACGAUAAUACUUUAGUUCAAGGGAGUAGUGAUGGAGUGAAAGAUCAAAAAGCAACUUGUGCUCUAUUGCACGAAAGUUCAAGUGUCAGUAUUGUGUCCGGUGCCUCAGAAAGUGGGAUCAACCCACUGCUCCCCCAGUCAGAUGAAAUGUGCAAGAAAGAAUCACGAACAGAUUUGUCUGCAAUGGAACUUGAAACUGGUCAGCAAGAUGCCACAGUCUUGUCUGUAAAUACUUCUAAUGGAGAAGGAGGAGGUGUGGUAAAAAGUGAUGAGAACAGGCAGACCCUUGAAACUACUAGUCUUAGCUGGAUGGCCAACGUGUGCUGUGAUUCUGCUAGUUUGUCCUCGGCAGCAGACAGUGGUGUCGGGUCGUUGUCAUCGAGUGCCUCAGGCAGUCUAAGCUCGUGUGAUGCCCUACUCACUACUGUAUGCGGCAGGACAGAGGACCAAUCAGUAAGUGUUGGGACAAACAACGCCAAAGAUUCUACAAGCCGUUGUGAUAGUGUAAAGACAAAUGAGGGCAAAACUGGAUGUUCUGUGACUGAAGCCCACGAAACCACCUCCAGACAUAGUGGGUCUGUAACCACAAACAACGCCAUGACUCCUACUAAACCUAACCUGACACUAUUAAGGGAAUUGAAAGUAAAAGAAAUGUAUCAGAUCUUGUCUAGUGCACAUAUUCAGGCUUUGUGUCUUGAGCUAGGAACCUGUGCCUUAAAUUCCAGUCGAGGUCAUAAGACAUCCACAAGUUUACCACUGGAAGCUUUAAACCUAUGCAGUAAGGAUAACGACACUCACAAAGAAAAGCACAUCAACUUUCCAGAUUUGAGAGCUUUUACCGAGGUAAGCCGCAGGGUACGUAGGUCAUGUUCCUUCUCCUCGGCUGGUCAUGGCUCUCCACACAAGAGGUCACGCAGGUCUCUCGACCAGUCCCCUGAGCUGCAGCUGAACAACCCCGACUCGACGCGGCACCACGAGCACAGACGGUACUCCAUCUGGAGUGGUACAUCUCAACACAAAAGCCACGGCCCGUCCGUUGGCGUCCACUGCUGCCCGGUGGUGGAAAGGGUGAAGAAGCAGGAGAGCAUGAGGAGAGCUCGGGAGUAUGAAAACAACAAAUCUCGGCGGAUUGCGGAAUCCCUACCCAAACUACAUGAGAGGGACAAAGACAAGAGUGCCUUUUUGGAGCUGAGCGGGCUAGUGCGACGGCAGGAGUACGAGUUGUCCCCUCACGCGAGAGGGAAGGAGCAGCACUGUAUCACUCCGCCUGAGAUAUGGGACAUUUAUCAGAAAAUCUGGUUUGGCAAGAAAGGAGCCAUCACAGUAGUGUGUUCAAUUUGUCACCGGCACUUCAGUUGCCUGGAGCUGUGUUUGAGACAUCAGCUGAAGAAGCAUCCUCAUAUCGAACCCCACUCCCUGGAGAUGGAGAAGGACAACUAUGUGGAGGAUAUGUUCUAUUACUACCCAACACCCUAUGGUAUCCUGGCUAAGAGUCAGCUGAUCCCAGACAACAUGCCUGCUCCAGAGAUCUAUGUGUGCACCAGGUGCACUUUUCCCUUCAAGAAUCUAAGUCGACUACAUGCCCACAUGAUUGUGUGCGACCCAGCACACGAUGAGGUGGCUCAGGGGCUUGGUCAUCCCAAGCCUUCGUUUAUGAAGGGCAAACUGCUUCCCAUGAUGGACAGAAGGUUGAACCAAGAUUCUGUCCCACCACCACGCCCAAAGUUGGGAAGACCUCUGAAGAAUAAACACCCAACAGCGACUGUCAGCCGAGCCAUCUCCGAUGAAGGGAAAAAUGCGACUGCUUAUGUGCAGCGAAGUAACUCUGUACCCUCAGUGCCGUAUGAAAAAGAAGCUCAGGCCCAGAAGUCGACGGCUAGGAGCACACUGGCACGUUCACAGAGCUCUCUGUAUUUCCCGGUGAAGAAGCGCAAAAACUAUGAGAUGAUGUACAACCCCAAGAAGCACGUGCGCCGCCGAGAGCUGUAUCAGGUGCUGGAGCAGCACCAGUGCCACGGCUGCAACCUCAAGUUCAACUCGCUACCCAUGCUGGAGCGACACGUGAAGAAAUGCAGCGGGCGGGACAAGCUGCAGAGCCAGAAGCCACUGCUGAGUGGGAUCAUCCCGGACGACGCGGCUGUGAGAAAACAGCACACAUGCCGCUACUGUAACAAGAGGUUCACCUACAUCAAAGGUGUGGACUUGCACUACAAGAGGGUGUGCGCCGUGCGCAAGCUGAGGGAGGAGGAGAAUAAGCUGACUGCGGAGGAUUUGGCACACGAGGACGAGCUGCAGAGGAUCAUUGAGCACAUGAAGUGGAGCAAGACCCUGAACAAAGAUAGCAGCGACAUCAUUCAAGGUCAUGUGCGGGUCGAGGAGGAUGGUACGCUGACACGUGUUGUCAAGAAACGGGGCUGGCCCCGGGGACUGAAGAAGAAGGUGAAGAAGAAAGGUUACAAGUGGACCACUCUGAAACGACAUCGUUCGGAUGAAGAGCUGCAGAAUGAUGAUGAAAAGCCUGCAAUAACAUUGGAUGAGCCUCAGAAGGAAGAUACUGACAACUCCACUAGAAGGACGAGAAAGCAAAACAGCAGCGGGAGCAAGGAGACCGCCAAACAAGAUGGAAGUAAGUCUAAUAGGAGUAUUGCCCAAGAUGAUGCAACGUCUUCUAGAAUUGGAAAACCAAAUUUGCGGUCCGUGUCUGCAAGUUCGGAUAAAAAAACUACUGCCCAAUCAAAGGAACCAGAAGUAGUGAAACCUGUUGCAAAACGUGGACGACCCAGAAAGAAGCCGUUACCACAAACAGAAGUUCCCGUUACCACGAAAUUGGCGAGAACCAAGUCUCCUGUAAACAGAGCAGCCAAACUUAUUCCGGAGAAGACAAAUGUGAAGAAAGCUGUCAAGGUCCCGGUGAUCCCUGAGGUGGUGAAGCCACCUCCAAGAAAACGAGGAAGGCCCAAGAAGUUUGAUCCCAGUGAUAUGGAAUCGAGUUACAAAAAGAAACGGAAGUCAGACCCUGGCUAUGUACCAUCGAAGAAAGAUCUGAAGUCUGGCAGGGAGACUGAUGUUGCUUCUCCCACUGCGGCCCAGUCGGAACAGGACUCAAAUGAAGUUGGCGACCAAAAGUGGUCAGAGAACUCCCCACCUGCACGUUCAGGUGAGAAAGGAAAAAUGAGUAUAGCUGAUGCCUCUGGUAGCUCAACAAACAUAAAAGGAAAGCCAGUAAGUGUCAGCAGUAAAGACCUUGGGAAGCAAAAAGGUGACGGAGAUGAGAGAGGAGAGGAUGUAGAGGAAGUAUUGGCUUCUUCUGACCGGCAAGGAUCCUGUGGGUCCUUCAGUCAGAAAGUGGGAAGUGGAAGUGGGUGUAAACAAACACCGUUGUCUGCUCGGAGCAAAAGUCAGACUGGAGCCUCUGGCAGUUCUUGCAGUCAGUCAGAACUGUUCAAGCACCUGACUGACGUGGAAGAAGGAAAGGGAAAAGGAAAAAGUCUGGUGUCCAUAGAAUCUAGUAAAGAUGGGCUGUCCAGAAUAAGCAAAGAAAGAGAAAAAUCCAAAAGUUUUUCUACAGAUAAGCAGCGAAUGGACAGGCCAUUCAAGUCAAAAAGUCCUCCCACUGUUACGCCCAUGAACAAGGGAUUGGUGAAUAAGUUCAAGUCAACUCCAAUGAAUGUCAUCCAACAAAAGAAUUCAGUUUCAAAGCUAAGAGAUGUCCCCACUUCUUUGUCCAAGGGAAAGAUUUCACAUUCAGAAGUGAGUGAUAAAGUUGGCAAAGUGGCGAUGGCCUCACACUUGAAUCAAUCAGCGCUGUCACACAUAAAAAAGAGACCGUCCGCAGAUCCAUGUGGUGGUACCAUGACAAAAAAGAAACAAGAUGUACAUACUGUCCCUGUUUUCAAAUCCAUUCCAAAAUUUCCCUCUACUUCUACAAGUAAACCUUCAUUGUCAAAGUCUCCUACAUCCUUGUCGUCCAUGGACAAUGGGGCCAGCAGUCCUGCAAGCGCCUCAACGCUGAAGGCAUCUAUUCCAUCUAGAACAUCCCCUGUCAAGACUUUAUCAGCAAAACCUUCCCCAUCUCCCCUGCCCACAGUUGUGAAUAAGCCUCCUGUGUCUGUCCGAGUGGUCACCCUGUCUCCCAAUGGCAACAAUUUGUUGACGUAUGAUGAAAUACCCAAAGUGUCCGUGACAUCACAGCAGCCACUGACCUCACCGGACAAGCUUAGCUCACCUAAUAAGCUGAUGACCCCAAUAUUAACCACUCUCCCUAAAGGCAGAGUGCAGACUUCAGGAAGUUCGGUCAUACAGGCAGUGUCUCAGAUGCCACAAAAAGUUACCGUUGGUCCAAAGCCACCAAUGUCGACCUUGAACAAAGUCCCACUGAGUUGUAUUGGUUUACAGCAGCAACAAGGUGCUACUUUGAACCCCCACAAUAAGCUACUCAAGCCUGCAGACGGAAUGUCCACAUUUGUCACUGUGAGCAGCUCAACAAAGGGGGGCCUUACACAAAUCUCAGACCAACCUCUAGGCCUUGGGGGAAAGCCUAUAGUUACCCAGCCUGGCCAGGAAUCUGCUGUAGUCCAAGGCUCUGAACUAACCAAGGCCGCUGUGGGAACGGGCACACAGAUGGCAGCUGUGACCUCCCUACCCGUAGUGACGGUGGCAAUGGGCGGUCAGUCUCCGGGCACCAUCAGUAGGCUAGCAGUUCCGCCUGGAGCUAACAGUACUGGGAAGCUGGCUCGAGGAACCAUAGUCCCGGGCGUCAUCUCCAGCAGCAUGAUUCAGUCUGGUACCAGAGUGGUCAAGGUGGGCAAUGUGUUGACCACCAGCCCCAUCAGGGGAAACCAACCGCAGCUUGAUAUGAACCCAGCCGGUCCCCGACUCCCCGCGUCUCGAUUCAUCCCUGCUGUGGUCACACCCAAACCCAUCAUUGUGAGCACAUCUCAGCCUAUGCGAAAAGUCUCGCCGCAAAUGGUGCGCCUUCCCAGAGCUGUGGUGCCGCAGACUAUGGCCAAAGUCUCGGUCGUGCCUCAGGGCGUGGUCCAGAGACAUCUGGUGUACCAGCCGCAAGGACAUGCCGGGAUCUCUGUGGGCGCUUCUGCCGGCGCGGCCACUCUCCUAGCUCAGCAGCCUGCCAAUGUCCAGACCUGCAACAACCCGGCAGAGCAAACCCAACCGCAGUCAGGUGUGAGCAAAAUUCUCACCCUGUCUGGUCAGACGAGACCCACCACAUUCCAGCCGACUAACCAGGACAGGCCUGGAGGUAUGACCAGCACUUCUACCAACAUGCAUCAUGGAAUCACUAGCAGUGGUGUUCUAACCAUCCUGCCUCAAGGUGCCGGCAACAAUCAGAAACUUGUGGCCCUCUCCACAGAGCCUGCAGCAGCAGCAUCAGCCAAAACCGCAGCAACUGUGUCCCCACAGCAGGCUGCUGUACCAGGCAAACAGAUCAUGUUCAGUCUGGAGGACGGGACGACGGGGAUGCUCGACCCCGACUCCUUGGUGCAGUUCCUCUCCAUGGCCCCCUCUCUGAGCCAGAGUGGCUUGGAGGCGGUGAACCAGGGUCCACAGGCUGCGGCUGCCGGCGUGGUGCUGAGCCCUGAGCACCGGAUGGUCAACAUGUCCCAGAUACAGCCACCCAGACAACUGGAAGAGAUCACCUGGCCGCAGCAGGGCUCGGUGGACCUCACAGAUCUCCCUGACAGCACCUGCGACCUUUGAACUCAUAAUCCAUGACAUUUAUUUACUGUUACAGUGUUGUGUCCUACCCACAUGGACCUCAGCUCUUGCCAUUGUCCCUUCAUGUACAUACUGACAUGCUAUGGAAUUUAAAACUUAACCAUUUAUGGGAGAAGAAGUGGGCUGUUGGAAGUGGAGCUAAGUGCCAAAGUGACAAUUUGGAAAGAAAAUUAGAUAUAAUGGUGUCAUUGGAAUCCUCAGCUCAUAUUUGAUUCAAAUAAAACAUGGACAAUGCAGGAAAACACUGAGUGUGGGGGGAAAAAUGUUAGGGGUCUGUUUUUAAUUUGCCUGUGCAAUGUCUAAAAUGGAGUUGAAUUAAGAGGGUUCUUCACUCUACUUUAGCGAUAAACUUCCUUGCAGAACUAAACCCCCAUCAAGUUUUGUGACAAAAAUAUUGAGAAUUAUUCUUGAGGUCUUCAUAAGGAUGAGUUGGGCCUUUAUCAAUUGGUCGUAUAUUUCUUGGCACACAGUGUUUUCUUCUUGUCUGCCUUUUCCACGACUGGUAAACGUGUACUUUUUAACUCGGAUGAUUGUUUAUGCUUUGGUCUUGUCUGCUACUUCUGUUUCUUUUCAGUGUUGCCGGUAUUUGAGUGUUGCUGCAGUUCUAAACCAGUAUUGUGCAGACUAUCAUAAACCGCAAUAUAAGGAAACAUAUCAGAAAGCAACACAAACUCCCAUAGAAUAUUUCUUGUCAUCAAGUGUCGCAGUGAAACUUUAUUACAUAUUGAUGCAGGUCAUUCUUGAGAAGCAUUCAGGCACCUAUGUAUCUUGUAGUUUUGCAUUCAGUUACAUUGAUCUACAAAGAGCUCAGAAAAAGAACAGAUAUUGAGAAAUCUCUUUUUUUUUUACCAUAUGUUACAAAGCAUUUCCAUUGUGCGUAGAAAAUCAUCAGAUGACAGUUAUUAAGCCUUCUUUCAUAAUGGGGUUCUUUAAAUUCAUUGGAUAUAGUUGGACACUCCGCAUUUUUCCAACAGGGAGACUUGUAGAUAUACUAGUCUGUUGAACAAAGUAAGCCAUCGCAAAAUGAACACCUUUUUUGUAAUAGGGAUAGUGCUGACUUUUUCAAAUAAACCCUAGAAUAUCGUACUCUAUUGUGUACUACAUGUGCGCCUGCUUUAAUGGUGCCUGUGUAUAUGACAAUCACCUGUACAAACUGCCACUUCCCAUCUCCCCCCCCCCCCCCCCCCCCCUUGAUUUUGUUUGCACUUUGUCACGGCUCUUAUGUGAGACGUCCUCCUGUCUCAGACAACCACUUUUGUCUACCAUGAAUGGGUGGCUGUUAUAGACAGUUUUGUCUGUACUUUGUUUUCAGUUGGAUUUGGAAAUGGUGCUAAGCUUGUUGUUCACUUGAAAGUUUGGACAGAUUUUCCUCUUUGUUUGGUAUUUUCUUUUUGUGCAGCUCUGAGUUUAGUUGUCACUAAUUGAGACUGGAUGCUGUAGAUAAUGUACAUAAAUAUGUGUAUAUGUACAUACAUACAUGUUAAGGUCUGAAAAGGUCUUUGUUAAAACUUUAGGAAAGUCAUUUGUACUCAUGUAUGUACUUACUUACUUUCUCUAUCCUUUUUCAUUGUAUAAGAAUUACAACCUUCCAGUUUCUUCAAAGAUUAUUGCAUUUUGAAAAUAGUCUCUGUGUGUGUGUGUGUGUGUGUGUCUGUGUGUGCAUUAAUGUAUAUUG